AUGGAAGACGACUACCCAAUGCUCACAAAGCUCGAAUCAGCAUGCUCUGAUCUCAAAACCCUUCUCAGUUCAUCUGCAAAUUUGCAAACAGAUCUUACAAAACUAGAUACCAACUUUAAUGGUCUACAAGAAACUCUAAAUGUGGCCUCAAGAAGGUUAGCUCCACUUCAUUCGCUUUCGAUUGCAUCCAAAGCGCUCGAAACACGGAUCAACCGUGCCGUUUCACCGGCUCUUGUCCUCAUUGACGGUUUCAAGAUAUCGGAGUCUCUGCAACGGAAACUUGUCGACAUUUCGUCCAAACUUUCUGUCCAGAAAUCUGAGACCAGGAGGCUCAGGUUACUGAUCAAGUAUGUUGAUUGUGUGGAUAAGUUGAAUAUUGCGAUCGAUUUGAUUAGCCAAGAGGGUGGGCCGGCGAUUCAGCGGCUUCAGGAGGUGGUGGAGUUUUUGAGUAGGACUAAGGCCACGGAUCAGUUUCGGACGCAUCGGUUACGAGAGACUUUGGUUACUUUGAAGAUGCUAUAUGAAACGGAGGUGGAUUCGAUGAAAUUUGAUGGGUUGCUUGAUGAGGCUUUAUUGAAUUUGCAAGAUGAGUUUGAGGGGAUUUUGCAUCAAUUGAGGCACCAUAACAUCGGGGUGGAGGAUGGCGGUGAUGAUGAUGGUGGAGUGGCGGCAGGGGUGGCGGAUUUGGGGACAGAGAUGGAGGUUGAAGUUCUUAGACGGAUUUCAGAGACGCUUACUGCUAAUGAUUGCCUGGAUAUAUGUAUCGACAUCUUUGUCAAGGUGAGGUAUAAGAGAGCAGCGAAAGCGCUAAUGAGAUUGAACCCGGUUUACCUACGGACUUACAAUCCCGAAGAAAUCGACCAGAUGGAAUGGGAAAGCUUAGAGACUUCCAUAAGUCUCUGGAUCCAGCACUUUGAGCUAGCGGUUAAAACGGUUUUCGUAUCCGAGAAGAACCUAUGCAACCGAGUCCUCGGAAACAUCAUGGACGGUGUGAUCUGGCAAGAAUGCUUCGUGAAGAUCGCCGACAAGAUCAUGGCGGUAUUCUUCAGGUUCGGGGAAGGAGUUGCCAGAAGUAACAAAGAACCACAAAAGCUCUUCAAGCUCUUGGAUAUGUUCGAUUCUUUGGAACAACUCAAAACCGAGUUCUCCGAGAUUUUCGAAGGAGAAGCCGGAGCUGAUAUCUGCUCUCGGUUCCGGGAGUUGGAGAAGCUUCUCGUUCACGCUUCAACUAAAGUCUACUGGGAAUUUGGACUUCAAAUCGAAGGUAACCAAGAUGGUUUACCUCCUCCACAAGAUGGCUCGGUACCAAAGUUGGUACGUUAUGCCAUUAACUAUCUCAAGUACCUAACCACCGAUAACUAUAGUGAACCGAUGGCUCAGGUACUCAGAACCGAACAGAUAUGGAAGGCCGGAACUCUAUUGAAACCCACCGAAAACUUGCUAAAAGAGGCGAUUUCGAACGUAAUGGAAGCCUUGCAACGAAAUAUUGAGUCUAAAAGGUCAUUCUAUAAGGAUAAAGUUCUUUACCACGUGUUUACUAUGAACACUUACUGGUAUAUCUACAUGAGGACUAGAAACACCGAGCUCGGGAAACUAUUGAGUGAGCAUUACAUGAGAAAGAACUACAAAGUUGUGGCGGAAGAAGCGGCUUACUUGUACGAGAAGCAAGCGUGGGGUGGGUUGGUGAGAUUACUUGACAAAGAAGGAACUAAUGAUGAAGGAAUCGAGGCUGGUGCAAAAGGUAAGAUCGAGGCAUUUCUGAAGGGGUUUGAAGAGAUUGCUCAGAGGCAUACAAGCAGGUACAGCAUCGUUGAAGCCGAUUUGCGAGAGCAGAUAAAGGAGGCAACUGUUAAGCUUAUUGUGCCAGCCUAUUCGGACUUUUUGGAUGCGUUUUCGACUGUUUUAGCAGUGAAAUCGUACUCGUCUCCUGAAUCCAUUGAGGGGUUGCUAGGAGAGAUUUUCUCGGGUAAUGGCCGGAAUUCGGUAAUGGGUUCAAGACAGCGUGAGCUUAAGGAACGGUCUGAAGGGAGAAAAUCGAUAUCGAGUGAUAUAGAUCAGAUGCCAGGACGGAGGUCGGUUGGCCGGUUCCAGCGGAACCGAUCAAAUACCAGUGAUCUUUAA